CGGGAUGGAACCCACGACCUCCCGUAUACCACGAGAGGUAGUCAACAUCUCGCCGUGUUUGCCUGCAGGCUCCUCCGUGCCGCCGGCCUCCGCCCAGGCUGUGGCGGUGUCGCGCAGCGCUCGCUCUCGCUACGGCCUGCGCCCGCGCGAGAGGAAAGUCUACACAGAGGUGGAGGAGCCCCAGGACGACGACUUCUUCUUGCCACUGCUGCUGCUGCUGUUGCUACUGCGGUUCGCCCUCCUCCUGCUGCUGCUGCUGUGGCUCUCAGUCUGCGAGCUGUGCAGGGAUUUCUACCUGGGGGAGUGCUCCGUGCACGGCCCGCCAGAGUUCAUUGCAGACGCGGCCGUGGCCCCGGGAGUGGCCAACAGGGCCCGGCUCAGCCUGCCCCAGGGCCUCACCGUCGGCGCCUCCUCCAUCGCCGGCGCCGGCCUCGGGGUGUGGAGCAACAGGAAGAAGCUGCCCAAGGGGGUGAUUUUUGGGCCCUACCAGGGAGAGGUGUCUGAGGAGAACCCCGUGAGCGAGUACUGCUGGCUGAUUUACAAAAACAAAAAGGAUCGUGAAUAUGUUGAUGCUCAGGAUGAAUCUAAAUCAAACUGGAUGAGGUGAUUAUUGUCUGAAGGACCACUACACAGAGACCAGAACCACUACACACAGAGACCAGAACCACCACACACAGAGACCAGAACCACCACACACAGAGACCAGAACCACUACACACAGAGACCAGAACCACUACACACAGAGACCAGAACCACUACACACAGAGAC